AAACGUUGCAGCAAGAUUUUCGUUUCGUAUCCCGCCGGCAUCUUGUCAUUGCAGUUUUUUCCAGUUUUUCGCUUCUGUUUGCCAGCAAGAUUUUAAAUGGUGAAAAGUUCGUGAAAAACGUCGCGUGCACGUCGAAGAUAGUCGCAAUGGAUUCUUGGUGUCGUAUAUGUUCGCGUAGUGAUGAUUUCCGCCGGUUUCCGCUGUAUGCGGUUGCAGAAGUUAGCCAAGAAGUGAUUGCCAACAUGAUUACUUGCUGCACAGACACCCAGGUGUCUAGUGAUGACGGUUUACCGCAGCAAAUAUGCCCGGAUUGCUUGAUUACGCUCAGCUUGGCGUAUUCUUUCCGCAGACUUUGUCGACGUUCCGAUGCAAAAUUUCGUGACUGUUUUCGUGACAGUGUACCCUCCCAGUUGAACGAAAACCAACAUCAACAGCAGCAGCAUCUAUCUCAAGCGCAGGACGAUAGUGCAUAUGAGCAUAUCACCGCUGUUAAGGAAGAAGUAGAAUUCUACGAUUACGAAUGCGAAGCUCCUCCCCAGGAAAGCCAGUGGGUAAUACAGAACCCUCGAACUAUUCGGGAAGGUGCUAUGACAGUUGUGCACAACUCUGGCCAGUACUAUGAUCAAACUGACGACACUAGCUGCGCGGAUACAAAUGUCACUACCCCGAUGGUAACUCUUGGACAAACUCACACCCAGCCAGAGCUUGGAGAACCCUCGACAAGCUUUCAGAGAAGCGAGAAGAUCAAAAAGAAACAGCCGGCAGAACCAGAGCGAUUUAGCAAAAGGAUUCGACAGGAAAUGCCUGCCCAAAGGAACGCAGUUGUCAAUACGCAGUCAAACUCGAGUUGUGUCAUAAACAACGCUAGUCGCCCGGUAACGACGGUCUUCGAUCCAGCUCAGCAACGUUGUGAGUAUUGUAAGAAAAAAAUGAAGAAAUCUUACAAGCAUCGUAACGGCAAAUGUCUGACGAUGAAGAAUAAAAAUCCUUCCAAGGCGCGCUGCGUGUACUGUAACAUGACGUUCGUUCGCAGUGCAAGCCUGCCGGGUCAUUUGCGCAAUACCUGUCGUGUCUACCGGGAGGUAUGCAAAAUGAAAGGCAUCGAUGAACCGGAUCCAGCUGCGGCACCCAAAAUCACAUUAACCACGUCACCCUCUUUCGAAACCAUAGAGGCAAGUGUAAUCUCUCCAGUGGAAAACACCAUACAGAAUAAGACUUUGGACCAGAAACCGAUAGUGACGAAAACAAAAGCACGAGCCACUUGCGAAUAUUGCGAUCAUACAUACUCACAUCGGUCGAAUCUACUCAAGCAUCAACAUAAAUGCAAGGUGCUCCAGGAGAUGAAGUUACAGCAAAAAACAAAAUGUGUCGAUAUCAAAGAGCUUCUCAAGACAGAAGAAAAAACCUCUGUAGUACAUAUGCCACAGCCUAGAUCACGGUCACCUGUUGACGAAAGUGCCAUGGAAGAAGAUCAAUUGGAAGCAGAAGAAGAGACUCAGUGUGUCUAUUGUACGCAAACGGUUAAUAGGAAAACUCGCUACCAGCAUCACAACGGUCGGUGUGUACUUGGUCGAGCAGCGACAGAGCAUCCAUGUCCAUACUGUCCCAAUGCAUUUUCUUCUCGAAGUAACCUGUUGAGGCACCAGCGGGAACGUUGUGCACAGUACCAAAAAGAACAACCCAUAAAAAUUACCAGAGCCACGCAUCAAUCAGCUCCAGUGACCACCAAGCCACUUACGCCUGUUCAGGUACCAAAACAACUUCCACCUGUUCAGGUACCCAAACAACCUCCUGUGAGUAAGCAAACCCUUAAAUCUACUGACAAUCACUCCAUCAACGGGCAAAAGGAGCUAAGGAGAAACUUCUGCAAAUACUGCCGACAACCAGUUAAUAGUGCUGAUAAGUUGAAACACAAGGAAAAACGCUGCAUCAGUAAUCAGCCUUCGGAUUAUCUCUGUGGUUACUGUCGAAAAGGCUUUGCAGCGAGGGAAAGUCUAUUGGAGCAUCAGCGUGUUUGCACUGUCCGGAAGCUGCACAAACAAGUCAAAUGUCAGCAUUGCGGAAUAACCAUCUCCAAUCGGGCUAAUCUUAGGAAGCAUCAAAAACUAUCGUGUAAAUAUAGCCGUCAGUUGGAAGACAUAAAACAGGAAUCGAAAUCAUCGGAAACAGUCCCAAAAAAGCAACUCAAAGUGAAACAGGAAAACAGCAAAAGCAGCUCGAGUAUAAGGCCCAAGGCAGAAUCACCGGACGAUAGUAAAGACAACAAAGAGGUAGCGAUAAAGAAUAAGCCUCUUCACCCAUGCACCUACUGCAAGAGAGUAUUCAAGGGAGCUGGUUUCGUACGUAGACACAUGACCAUUUGCACCUUAAGGCCUGCACUGAACGAGUUCAUCUGUCGAUACUGUUCGACGCGUUUUACCACCAGGAGCCACAUGUAUCGCCAUCAACGGCUAUACUGUAAACAAAUUAGCAGGAAAAAGAGCUUCGCAGACGAAUCUGUAGAGAAUUUCCUCACAAAAACCAACAAUUCAGUAACCAGCUCAACUCCUAAGGCGAGCAGAUCAGCCGCAAAAGAGCACAACCGGUUUGCUCUUUUGCAGGAUUCAACCGCCGAUAGUAGCGCUGGACUCGAGGAGGACAGUGGUGACCGGUCAUCGUCUUCGAAAGCAACGGGAGCAACAGGAAACUCGGCGGAUGAGACGCAGGCUGUUGAUAAUAACAACUCGGAGAGUGAAAAAGAUGCUACCGAAUCACCGGCACCACCGUCGCCACCGACUGUGAUGCCAGCGGCACCGUCACCAGUCGAACAAACGGCGGUCGUCGAGAAUGCAACUGAAUGUGAGCAAGAACCGAGCAACUGAAUCUGAACUGCAAUUGCGUGCGCUAAUCAAAGUCACUAACCAUAACCUACGAACACGGCAGUAAGCGUGCAUGUUGAGCGAUACAAUCGCAAUGCACCAGUAAGAAUCGUAAAAUUUAUUUACAUCCAGUGCACUGUACGUUAUUAGUUGCGUUCAAAGUAUUGUACGUAUAUGUUAAGUCAUAAAGUAUGGCUUCGUGGUAACAUGGAGAAAUUAAUAGAUCAGAGAAUCCGGAAUAAAGCAUCUUUUAAGUA